AUGGAAGAAAGCAUAAGACGCGCAGAGAAGUUAGUCUGCGACACAAAUUCAGCUUUAGCGCAAAUGAAGUACAAUUUGACAUUUGACGGUUUCAAUAAUAAUAGGGAACCCCAAACGAAACGCCCCAAUCAAAAUCAGGAUAAAUCUAAAAUUAAUUUUAUUUCGGAUGAUGAUGAUUUGUUAAAUUUUCAAUUAGAUUUUAAAACUGAUGCAAAUGAAAUAUUAUCGAAAAUGGAUAAAAUGUUGGAUCUGAAUCAGUAUACUAUGUCAUCAAGGUUUUUACAAUCCAAAGCAAGGAAUAGAAUAAAAGAAAUAAAUCGAAAUUUUAAUAGUAGUAAAAAAUUAGAAUCAUCAAAAUCAUUGGAAUUAGAACGUAGCAGAACUAAAUUAUUAAGUUUGAUUAAAGAAGAUGUUGAUGAUGAUGAUGAUGAUGAUGAUGAUGAUGUUGGUAAUGAUUAUAAUAAUAAAAAAAAAAAAAAAAAUUCAUUUGAUGUUAAAUGUCCAUUCGAAGAUUUUGAUCCGACAUUAACAUUAAUGGGUGGUGGUAACAACAUUAAUAAUAAUAAUAACUUUUCGUCGUAUAAAAAUUUAAUGAAUAAUAAAAAAAAAUCUCCGGUGCCUGAUAAUAAGCAAAGCCUGAGCCUGAAAAACAUUCACGACUACCUCGCAUCAUCGAGUGAAAAAUCUAAAAACGAAUUGAAAAAUAAAUUAUUGGAAACUCAAGAAAUUGUCGAUAGAGGAUAUCAAACGGCGAGAGAAUUAAAACACAAAUUUGAAAACAUAAAGAAAAACGAUAGGAAAAUGGAAAAUAGGAUAACGGUUAGCGAAAAUGAUUAUUUACCACAAAAAGAUGAUGACGCGAUCGUGACGAUUAGAAAUCAAAAUAAAAAUCAACAAAUGGCGGAAGAAUGUCGUAAAAGUAGUAGUAGCGAAACGGUUAAAAGUGGUGAAAUGUCGGACAAAUGCGACAAAUGUAACAAAACGAAAGGUGGGAGUGGGAAGAAACAAAAGAAGAAUAAGAAGAAACGUUCGGAGGAUGAACGGAAAAGGGAGAAGAGAAAAGAUAAACCGGAUGUUGAUAAAAAUUGUUUUCUAACGUUCAAAAGACCCGAAUCGGCCAAAUCUAAAUCAUGUCCGAAAUUAAAUUUGCAAAGGUUUAUUCUACCGAGCAUUUACAUACCUGGAGAAUUACAAAUACAAAAUGCAUUCAACAUAGAAAUACCAUCCGUCUCGUACGAAGCCAUCAAUAGGAAAUCAAACGUUGCGACGACGACAUUUUCACACGAGGAAAUUGAAAAGGAAAAAAUUAAAAAAGUCAUGGAAAAUGUAAGAAUGGAAAAAUCGUUGGGAGAGAAAAACGGGGAUGAUGAGGACGACGACGACGACGACGACGACGAUGACAACAAGCCAAAGGUUGAAUGUUUUAAAUGUGGUAACAUUGUGAGAGUCACGGACAUUUCGGUCAAUCAGAAAGAAAUCGACGAAUUGUUGUUGAAAUGUCGGUUCAACGUUUUCGAUCCCCGAAUAGAUGAAUUCGUCAAUAGGUGUCAGGUAUUGGGAACGAAAGAAUCCGUCGUUUACUCGCCGAAAACCUCACCGAAAAAAAUGAAAGAAGAAAGGAAUAGAAAGAAACAUUCGAUGAACGAUGAAUUUUCACGUUCUCACGACGCGUUCAAAAAGAAAAUCGUUUAUAAUAAAAGACCGGAAAUGGGAAAAUGUGAAAAAUUUAUGAGAUUGAAAGAUUUGAGCGAGGAAGUGACGAGAAAAUAUUUGACGGAAGCCAAUCAAUUGGAAACGAGUCAUAAAGAUUUUAAAAACGUUUUGAAAAAUUUAUUUAAAAAAAUCGACGAAUCGAGAGAAAUUUUCGACGAUUGUAAAGUUUUCGACGAGAAAAAAGAAAAAAUGGUCGUCGUCGCCGUCGACGGCGACGACGACGACGACGACAACUUGGGUAAGAAGAAAAAUCGUAAUCUUAGCAUUUCGAAACCCUUCGUGUUAUCCCUGGAUGAAAAUCAACGUCACAGCCAUCACCACCAUGAGUACGAUCACGAUCGUGACCAUUCCGAAGAACCUAAAAUUUCAAAAAUUGUCAAAUCGAAACAGGAAGAAGAUGUCGUCGUCGGCGACGGCGGCGAUGAAAAAAUUUUCAACGGAAAAAAAACAAAAAUGAGAAGAAAAAAAACGGAUAAGAAAAAUUAUGAAAAUAAACGUGAUAAGAAGGGAACUAAAGAGGAUUUGAUGAACGUUAAAGAGUCGACCAUUUUCCAUAAAAUUACGACGUUGAAUUCGGAGGAGGGAAUCAAAAUCAAGAUCAAGGAAGACGGGAAUGAUAGGGAAGAAGUCAAGGUUCGUAAGGGUAACGAUGAGUCUGGAAAUGAUUUCAAAGCCGUGGCAGCAAAAAUAUUCAACGAAUUGUUAGAAUCGAAUGGUGAGAACGUUAAAAAUGUAGACGUCGUGGCGGCAGAACGUGACGACGCGAGUUCAGAUUCGUGGGAAAGUGAAAAAUCGGAAAAACGAAAAACGAAAAUGGAAAAUGAGGAUUACGAAAGCGAUUUCGAAGAUGAAAGUUUGGGUUUGGGUAAAAAGGGUGAAAAAAUUAUGCAGAUUGAUGAUGAUGAUGAUGAUGACGACGACGACGAUGACGACGACGAUGAUGAUGAUGAUGAUGAUGAUGAUGAUGAUGACGACGAUGACGAUGACGAAGAUAUUUUUUUAAAAAAUGAUGAUAAUUUUUUAUCGACAAUAUCGGAAGUAGAUUCGGAAUUGGAAAAAAAAUCAGAGGGAAAUCUUCCGUUGGAAAAAUUAAAAAUAAACGAUGGGAUUUUCGCGCAUGAUCAAAAUGAAGGAAAAAAAUCAAAAUCGAAAAAAGGUGGAUUAAAUUUUUUAGAAAAGAUUUCGCGUGAGGGAUACGAGAAAUCCGACAAGAAUUUGUCGUCGUCGGACGUGACGACGACGGCGGCGGCGGCAACAGUGACGACGACGACGACAGCGGCGGCAGCGGCUGCGGCGGGGGGAAAAGAUUCGAUCGAAAAUAUUUUAUCGAUACUUCAAAAUCAAUUUAAAAAAACGGAAAAACUCGCGGAAAAAUUAACGGAAAAUGAUAAUUUUCCAAAGGAUGUCAGACGGAAAAAAUCAGUUUUUUCCACUCUGCGAAAUCGCACGGAAGAAGGACACGCGAAAAAUUCAACGGUUAAAAAAAAAUCCAAGAAUGACAAAACGAUUUUGAAAACGUCGAUGGAUCGAUUACUCGAAGACGAUGACGUCGACGUCGACGCCACGAACAUAUUGGAAAAAAAAAAUAAAAUAUUGUCGUGGAACAAGAAAACGGGUAAUUUGUCGUUUGAUUAUUUACGGGAAAAAAAAUAUCCGGGAGAUUUAGGAAGGGAUUCGAAUACGGAAAUGAGUUUCAUAAGAUUAAACGAUGGGAAAAAAUCAUCAUUAAUAUCGGUAAUUAUUAAAAAAAUUUUUUUUAAACAAAAAAUAACGUUUUGA